AGCGCUAAUCGCGGCUCUCCUCUGGCUCCGCGGUACGUGGGUGCCUCGGCGGGCGCUGCGCGGGCGGACACGUCACGGGCACGUUAUCCCCUCCCCUCCGCAGGCUCUCCGGGCUUUCCGCAGCCUUUGCUAAGGAAUUAACCGAGGGGUCCACUUCAGAGCUGCUGCUGCCCCCGGAGGAAAAAAAAAACAAAAGAAAAAAGAAAAGAAAAAAAAGCGGAGACAUCGGUGUUUUCGGACGAGGAGCGCGGCGGCUAGGGUUUCCAAGAGGAGGGAAAUUUCACCUCCGAUCCUUGCCGCAGGGUGCGGAGCGCUGCUCCUUGCGGGAGGAGAGCGCAGCAAAGCCUCCUUUUUCCUCUGAAAGGCACGUGCGUGUGGAGGAGCCACCGCUUUGCAGCGGCUCUUGAAAUACGUGACAAAUAAAAGCCGGCUCCCGACCUUGCAAAAUCCUUUUUUUUUCUUUUUAAGCGGAAAAUAAACAGACAAACAAACAAACCCGACAAAAUCAACCCCGCGCCUUCGCCGGAGCUCGGACUUGUUUGCAAAGGGACGACGCUGCAGCGGCACCGGCCCCGCGGAAAACGGAUCCUCUGGGCUGACCCCGCAUGAGCGGCACGUCUGGAGCCGGGCGCAGCGACCGGAGCAGCGCCGCGGCCCGGCAGCCCCGCGGGCGGCCGAGGGCGGCCGCUGCCCCGCGGCGCCCGGCGGCUCCGGCGCUCCCGCUCUGAAGCAGCCCAGGGCUGCUGCCGGGCCGCGCCGCCGCCUGCCCUGGGCCGGGGGAGGAGAGGCGAGCUCGUGAUUUCGGGGCGCCCCAGCCAUCGGCUCCCUCUGCACCGGCUCGGACUUUGGUGCAGCGCCCGGCUGACUCUGCGGCUCGUCUCUUCUCUGCAUCUCCGGGACCACAUCGGCUCGCCCUGCGUUAAACGAGCAACGCGGUCUGCUCUUCUCAAGAGAUAAAAAAAAAAAGUGUCCAAAAAUGCUUCAGCCUGCUUAGUCCUAUGAUUUCUCGCGUGGACGCUCUAUUUUUUAAUUAUUAUUAUUUCUGGACGGGAGGGAUUGAACAGAAGAAAUCCCUCUGCCAAGGGAAGGCAGUGAUUUGCUCCCUGUUGAGGAGAAGAUCCGAUUCCAGCUGCAGACCGCGGUUUGUGUAGGUCUCUCAGUCUCGGUUUCGAAGCGCUAGAUAUCGCAGGCUCGGAGCAGGACUGCCUCUCCCGAUCAGCUCGCCUGCUGUGGCUGAGGCUCAAAGAUCGCCUUCCCCCUCCUCGCACCAUUUCUGUUGAUGUUGUUUAUUUUUUGUUUGCUUGGUUUGCUUUUUUCUUCUUCCCCUUUUCCUUUUUUUUUUUUUUUUUUUUUUUGUGUCCCUCUCCCCUCCUCUUUUUUUUUAUUUGAUUUGAUUUGGGUGAACUCCCUCCCUCCCCUCCUUAAACGAAAAUACUAACUCUGAAGCCGAAAUCCAUGCCCCCUGCAGCUCGGAAGGAUCGGGUCUAAUAUGCCAGUGUCAUCUUCGCCUUGCAGUAGUCGCGAUGAAGGAAAAAUCCAAGAACGCGGCAAAGACUAGACGGGAAAAAGAAAAUGGAGAAUUCUACGAACUGGCCAAACUCCUGCCCCUGCCCUCGGCCAUCACCUCCCAGCUGGACAAGGCGUCCAUCAUCCGCCUCACCACCAGCUACCUGAAAAUGCGAGCCGUCUUCCCCGAAGGUCUGGGCGACGCCUGGGGACAGCCGAGCAGGAUAGGGCCCUUGAAUAACGUGGCCAAGGAGCUUGGAUCCCAUUUGCUUCAGACUUUGGAUGGCUUUGUUUUUGUGGUAGCAUCAGAUGGCAAAAUAAUGUACAUAUCAGAAACAGCAUCUGUACAUCUUGGCUUAUCCCAGGUGGAGCUUACUGGUAAUAGCAUUUAUGAAUAUAUACAUCCUUCUGACCAUGAUGAGAUGACGGCCGUUCUUACUGCUCACCAGCCUCUUCAUCCUCACCUCUUACAAGAAUAUGAAAUUGAGAGAUCAUUUUUCCUGAGAAUGAAGUGUGUUCUAGCCAAGAGGAAUGCAGGAUUGACGUGCAGUGGCUACAAGGUGAUCCAUUGCAGUGGCUAUUUGAAGAUACGGCAAUAUAUGCUAGAUAUGUCCUUGUAUGAUUCCUGUUACCAAAUCGUUGGACUGGUGGCUGUAGGUCAGUCUUUACCUCCCAGUGCGAUCACUGAGAUCAAACUUCACAGUAACAUGUUUAUGUUCAGAGCAAGUUUGGACUUAAAGUUAAUAUUCCUAGAUUCCAGGGUGACUGAAUUAACUGGUUAUGAGCCUCAAGAUCUGAUAGAAAAAACCCUCUAUCACCAUGUUCAUGGCUGUGAUGUGUUCCAUUUACGAUAUGCUCAUCAUCUGUUGUUGGUGAAAGGCCAAGUCACAACCAAGUACUAUCGACUACUGUCCAAGCAUGGAGGCUGGGUUUGGGUACAGAGCUAUGCUACCAUUGUGCAUAACAGCCGUUCAUCACGGCCUCACUGCAUAGUGAGUGUCAAUUAUGUCCUUACAGAUAUUGAGUAUAAGGAACUUCAGUUGUCACUGGACCAGGUUACCAUUUCUAAGUCACAGUUUUCAUGCAGAAACUCAGUAUCUACCUCACAGGAAACAAGGAAAAUAAUAAAACCCAAAAGUAAUAAAAUGAAGGCAAAACUCCGAACAACGCCUUACCCACAACAGCAAUACAGCUCUUUCCAAACAGACAAACUGGAAUGCAGCCAGGUGGGAAACUGGCGAUCCAGCCCUGCAGUGAACGCUGCCACCAUUCAAGAACAAAACUUCCAUUCAGAAAACAGUGAACUUUUAUAUGCCCCAUCAUACAGCUUGCCUUUCUCUUACCAUUAUGGACACUUCCCUGUAGAUUCUCAUGUCUUCGGUAGCAAAAAGCAAAUGCUACCUUCGAAGUUUGGGCAGUCUCAAGGAGCACCUUGUGAAGUGGCACGAUUUUUCUUGAGCACGCUGCAGGCAAAUGGAGAAUGCCAGUGGCAUUACGCCAACUCCUUGAUACCCAACAGCCAGUCACCAUCCAAAAAUCUUUCUGAUCAGCCAGUGAACAUCGUCCGGCAUAAUCUUGCACAGAGUUACGAAGUGCCCAUAUCAAACAGAAGAUACAGCCAAGAUGCUCUAUGUGACAACUUUACAAGCUGCACAGCACCCAUGCCAGGCAGCAGAUACAAAGAAGAGAUUUAUGAUUCCAGCAUCAUGAAACCCAACAAAAUAGAAAACAGGAUUCAGCCAUCUCACCAUCUCAUUAAAGAAGAAAACAAGUUAGCUUUUAACAGAGACCUACAAGAAAAAAUGAGCAUUAAUGAAAGUUCUUUUUCAAACUCAAUAGCUAAUUCCUUGCUGCCAAAAUCGGAAUGUUUCCAGUCUAAAGCUAUAGGACAAUUAAGUCAUCUCCUGCCAGUGCCCUCAGUAUAUGAGCAAACAAGAAGGAUUUGUAUGAAAGAACCGAAAUAUGGGCAUGUUAGUCAUCAUGCCACAAAUCUAGAUGAACUGGACAAUGAUGAGAGAAUGACUGUAAAGCUUGAUCACGACUCUGAAAGUGAACGCGUGAUGGAUGUAAGAGCCUCUGGACAAGUUCCAUUUGUGCUUCUAAACUAUCACCAUGUUCUAGCCAAACAUGGUACAUUUCAAACUUCAUCAUGUACAGCCGCAGGACAUGUAGGAGAAAAUUAUGGAUACAGUUCUGAGGAAGUAAAUACAUUUAUUUACAAAAACCAAAGCCCCUCAUCAGCUUCUUCUCCAGAAAACCACAAGGAAUCUGCACUACCCCAUUAUAUUGGAACUUCUGUAAUAAUAGCCAAUGGAAGGUGACAAUAAUAGGAAAGUAUUUACUUUUAAUUAAGAAGCCAAACUGCAAUGAUUUCCAAAAAGCAUGAGAAAACAUGGUUACAUUUACUGAGCAUAGCUGAAGGUCAAUGAGGGACAGACUUGUGUGCUCUUGGCAAGCCAUGUGCAACAGUACCUUGAAGGUCAGGAAAAAAAAUACAUCUAGCUUCAGUGCUUCGUUGUCACAGAUUAAGCUCUGGUGCCAGUGAGAAGACAUUUAACAGAUCUUAUUUUUGUUAUUUUAUAGUGUGCAACAAAAUUAAACAAUAGGUGUUAUAUGCAGAAUUUAUAUGGAGAACUUCUUUUCCCUUAAGCCCUACUUUCCAAAAUACAUUCAAGAUUUUUUUUAUCAUUACCAUACACUAUACACUCUAGUUUAGAUAUUUUUUGACAAACUCUGUGAAACUGUACAUCAACUCUCCAUCCACGUGUUAAACAUCCUGACAAAUGAACUUUGUUUAGAGUGGGGAUUUUAGUAUUCGUGAUACAGCUGUACCAACUAAACAAAACUCAGUUUGGAAAAUGCUCAUUUAUUAGUUAUCCAAAAGUUGAUUUAACUCUAAAUUUGAUUCAUUUAACAUAGGUUUCCAUGUUCACAGAUUGUUGCCAUCACUGUUCAUCUUGACAAGAAAUGAUAUCACGUCAGAUUAACACAUAUCAAGAUAUGCGUUAAGAGGUUACAGGUCUUGACAUGGCAAAUUGGUGAAAAUUACGUAGCAGGAACUGAAGACUAUUUCCCAUAAAAAUGUUGGAAUAAGAAAAAAAAAACUUCUAAAAUGUGUGUGUCAAUGACUAUUCUAGGAGAAGACUGUGCAGUUUUUCAAAGCAGCUAGUCAAAAGUACAUCUUGAUAAUAACACCAGAAAUGUUAUCUUUACAGUCCAGGGUAUAAAGAACAUUUAUGCUUUAUUUCAAACUUACUGGUAGCGUUCUGAAGUUUGAAGAGUUCAGCUUUAACACACUGGACUUCCUUAAGCAUAAAUCUCAUUGUCAACAGAAAGGUAAGAUUAAUAUUUGACUGAUUCGUGCACUUCACAAAUAAAGUCAGUGGAUGAUCUGAAUAUGAAAAGUCAUUGCACAACCACAAAAAACAGAUUGCAUAGAUUGAAGGAAACAGAGAACAGAUUGAAGGAAAGCGGAGUUUGAGUACAUCAACUGAACACUACACACAUCUCAAUUUGCACCAAUAAACUGUAGCAAGCAAAACGUACAAAGCAUGCAUUUAAAUUUUUUUCCAGCAUAUUAGGAAUAGAUUUUUCCCCUCCUUUUUUAUUUCUUUGUAAAGUUUACAAAUCAGGAAAUGAGGAGACCUAUGGAUCAAUGUGUGUUUUAUUGACAACAGUCAGUCCACUUUGUCUUUCAGCCACUUCCCCAAAUAUUCUUUGUGUGCUCUUGAUAAAAUGACGAAUGACUCCCUAAAUAAUAUGUGUAAACAUCAACAAUUACAGCAUUGGAGUCAGAGAAUAUUUUACAGAAAGGCUAUUGUAGAUCUGACUCAGCUGUAUUCAGCUCUAUUUCUUAGCCCAGUUCAAAGCUAGUUUACAUUUUACAAACUCUCUCUCUCUUAUCAGACUCUCUGUAGGAGUCUCUCUCUAAAUAAAACGCUUACCUGGCUUGUGCAAUAUGGAAAAAUACUUCCUCAUGGAUUGCACCUUGACAGAUAAAAAUACUUUAACAGAUGUAAUGAAAUACACACAUUUUUUUAAUUUCACGUUUUCUGUCUCUAUAUGCAGCAAUAAAAUGCAGUUACCUCCUUGCAUGUAUGAAUAUUUAUUGUUAUGAGUAAACAAAUGCUUUUAAAACAUAUGUUUGAAAAUAAUUUUCAGUAUUUUUAUUGCUUCCAAUUAAAAGGCUAACAGAGAAGACUAUUAUGAAGUAAAACUGAUAUAAUACACUUGGAAGUUCACAGUUGUCUGACUUUUUCAUUUGCUAAAAAAGCAACAGAGGUAUCUUUCAGGAUAAGUAUCAACAAAAAUACCUACUCAUCCAUUACUAGAAUACUGAAUUUUUAACAAAAAAAUCAAAACGAAACCAAUAUAUUCAGUAUAAUUGCACUCUGUGGUUCUUCUAAAGCUAGAGAAGGUAGCAGGUCUAAAGAAAUGCUAUGAGUGAAUUUUAUUAUCAUUCUGACUUUAAAAAUUGAAAUGAUGAGACACAAAGCUGUUUUACAGUGGCUUUGUUUAAUAGCCUUCCCAACCAGUGUUACUAGUAAAUGGACCUGACUUAGUUCUUAAAAGAUACAGUUAUGCUAAGACUUGUAUAUUAAUUUUGUUAAAUUAAAAACAUGCCCUAUAAAGGACUAACUGACAUUGUUUGCGUCAUUAAAAAGAAACCUGAUGCAUGACUCUUUCAUACUACACUUUUCUUUAUACCUCAUUAGUGGUAUUGCUGCACACAAAGCCAGUUUGGUGUAUUUUUCUGUUCUUGGAAGUACUUCUCUUUAUAAAAACAUGCUUUCAGGAACACACAAAUUUGGCUUCAGUUAAAAAAUGCCAUUGAUAUCUUUCAGUGAAAUACCACAAAAUAUUUCCCAGUGUCUACCUUGUUGUUCACACUUUCAGGCUUUAUUCAAAGAGCAUGAGUAAAUGAGGUGGUCCAUCAUUCUCCCACAGCUGUUUUACAGUAUAUGAUAUUCAGAUACAUGAAUUUUCCCUGUUAGGAAAUAAUGAAUCAAUUAUGCAUUCACAGAUAAUAAUACAGAGUAGGUUUCAGAAAAGAUUUGUGAUUAAAAAAAUGUGUGAAACAUUUUUCCUGCCAUUCCAAAAUAGAAACACUAAUUGCAUAUUCACAUCUGGAAUGUGAGUAAAUUGUAUUGAGAGAAAAACAUGAGUUCAGACAUAGACUUUUAGUCAGUUAAACUACAGAUGUUCCUAGUAUACACUUAAGGCAGCAUGUGGUGCAGCCAUUGACAGUGGCAAUGUUUUUAAUAAUUGGAAAAAAUUAUGUCACGUAAGUAGAGUGUGAAUUGGAAUACAUUAUGAAAAGUAACCUCAUUUCUCUCUACCAUACUUAUUUUAGCCAUAGAUACCUUUAUCGUGUGACUUGAUAGGAUUUUAAGUCUUAGGGGAGUUUAGGCACAGUAAGUAAACGAUAUGGACAGAGAGAGAGAGAGAGAGAGAGAGAAAGAGAAAGAAUAUUUUUCUAAGAAGUAAAGUUGGAAACAUUAGCCCUGUACUGAUGUCUCAAAGUUUUUAUCCUAUUAACAGAAACACUGCAAUGUAAAUAAGGUGAUAAGGUAACAGACUUCUCCCCAGAUCACAGUAGCCCUGUAGUUUGAAAAAAGUUAUUUAAGUAAUUUAAUGAAAUUAAGCACAGUGGACGAUAGGUUUAAAUUCUGAGAAUAUAUCACUGAGGUAAAAUGGAAAUGCUAUUUUUAUGAAUGGGAUACCUGCCAGAAUAUAGUACUUCUCUAAAAACCACAAAACAUGACACUAAGUAUUUUUUCAGCCUUUCAGUUAUACUUCAAAAAAACACAGAGAAAACUUAUUAUUCCAUUCUUUUUCCUGAACAUUAGAUUUUUGCUUUUUUUUUAUGUGAUGCAGGUAUGAGCUAUUUGGCAAAUGUAGGUGAAAAAGAAGGCAAAACAAACAACCUAUUAAUGCUCAGAAUUAUAUAUGUAUUCCCUAAAAAUGUAAAGCAUUUUUGCUUAUUUAUUAUGUAAAACAAAACUGUUAAAAUAUUAAUAAAAUCCUGUAGCCA